AUGGCAGAUGAUAAGCCAGAAAUGGCCCAAGGGCCGGUCGAGAUGGAGGUUUCGCAGGGACCAGCUUCCCCUGACCCCCCGCCAGUCCCCCAGAACGACGAGGAACGCAACCCUUUACCAACCGAUUCGAUGGUGACCGUGCCGCUUUCAGACAUACAGAGGGGAUCUGGGAUAUCAGGAGAUGGACCUAUAUUGCCGGAUGCCGUAUACUGUCCAGACACCGCCGACACUGUCGGUCUUGGGCUGGAAAGUCCAGAUGAAACACAAGAUGACCGAGAAGAGGCUGCCAAAGAGCUCGAGCCAGCUUCAGAAUCACAAGCCGACGAGGCACCCUCAAGGGCUCCGUCAAUUGCAUCUUCAAGAAAGGCUGAAAGUGUUGGUGGAAACAAUAAAUCGGACAUGGAUGACAGUCGAAGCGUUGACUGGGCUGGGCUAGAGGAAACAGAAGUCAACCAGUCAAAGGCAUCUGGAGACGAUGUGUCAACGACAUUGCUCCUAGCACGACUAGAGCAGGAAAACAACGCUCUAGCAACCGAUCCAAAGUCUGCUUCAGCGAAAAAGACAUCCUUCCGCAGCUCGAGGCCCCCAUCUAUCCAACAACUUAAAGAUCUCGUCAAUGACUCUCGAUCUUCGCUCCGGUACUCCCAACUGCCCGCUCCCCAAAUGACCGAACUCGAGUUCUGGGCUGCGCUUGUGGCCGACUAUCCUCGUACCGCUCAGCGGCUCCCUACUCUCACGUCUCAUAAGAUCCGAGGGGGUGUCCCGCCUCCGCUUCGAGGUGUUGUGUGGCCGAGCAUUGCCGGAGCUCGAGAUUCUCACCUCCAUGAUGAGUACGAGAAGCUGUGCGGCGAGACAAGUCCCUACGAAGGCCUUAUCGGCAAGGAUAUCGGAAGAAGCUUCCCCAACGUAGAGAUGUUUCGAGAUCCGCUUGGGGAAGGCCAGCAGAUGCUAGGAAGGGUACUCAAGUGCUUUAGUCUCUAUGACAGCAAGAUUGGGUAUUGCCAGGGCCUAGGCUUCGUCGUUGGACCCUUAUUAAUGCAUAUGAGCGAAGCCGAGGCCUUCAGCGUCCUUGUCAGACUGAUGGACCAUUAUGACUUGCGAUCGUGUUUCCUGCCUACUUUAUCAGGGCUCCAUCUCCGUAUCUAUCAAUUCCAAUCGUUACUCUCGCAUCAUGCACCAGAGCUAUUUGCUCAUCUUGAUACACUCAAAAUAGAACCAGUGUAUGUAUCACAAUGGUUCUUGUCGUUCUUUGCUGUCACCUGUCCUCUUCCCAUGCUUUUGCGGAUUUACGACGUUCUUUUGCUCGAAGGAGCCUGCGAGACCUUAAUGCGUGUUGCAUUGUCCCUUAUGCAGCGGAACCAGCACAGGAUCAUGGCGUGCACCGAAUUCGAAGACGCCAUGCAGCUGUUGUUAUCGAGAAGCUUAUGGGAUCCGUAUGCCUGCAAUGCUGAUGACCUUGUUACGGACUUUGUGUCACUCACCUCCCUGGUCACUCACGAAAGCUUGCACGCUCUAGAAUUGAAGUACCAGGAAACACAAGGCAAUGCACAAAGUGUGUCACUGCCUCAGCUUCAAGCCAUCGCUUCCCGAUUCCUAGGUAGACUCUGGGCAGGCUCAAGCUCCCACAGCUCUGUAAAAUCCGUUGCUCAAAACCCCAGCAUUCCCACCCCAGGAUCGAGUCCUUCCAUGGGUGUUACUCGAACCCCGUCGAAACAGAGCAUGGCUUCAACCCUUAACUCUUUGGAGUCAUCGGCCUCAGAAGCCAGCACGGCGCCGACCGAGGCAUCCACCUCAUCAGGUUCAAACAUCGACAAUGCGACGCCGAAGCCAAAGGCUCAUCGCUUGCAAACCAGCGACAAGGAUCUGCACUCGCAGAUAGAAGAUCUUCUUCUCGCCCUUUCAGACAUGCAGCGAGAGCAGGCUGCCCUAGCUAAGCAAUUGCAGCAAGAACGGGAAGAACGCGAAGAGGAUCAGCUGGUUGCUGCUCAGCUACUUUCUCGUAUCAAAGAGAACCCAGCUGAGCAGCCUGAUGCUGAACUUAUCCUCAAGGCAGAAGAAAGAUUCGCUUCGACAGAGCCACGGCGCUUGUCGAUGCUGCAAACCAAACAGCAGCUACUCGACGAUGUUGAAAUGUGGAAGAGCAAAUACGAACUCGAAUCUACUAGGUGUCUGGGAAUGGGCCGAACCAUUGAUGAGCACGAGCAGCAGAAUGCCCAACUAAAAGAACAGCUUAAGGAAGCUCGAAGUAGAGUUCAGGACGCACAUAAAGAAAAGCAGCGGCUUGAACGUACAAUACAAGAGCUUCGAACGAAAAAGCCACCCCUAUCGAAACUGCAAACCGAUCGCCCCGAAUCAAUUGGGUCGGAGGACGACAAGUCUGCCAAUGGCCUGCGAGAAUUCAAGCUUGGGAAAGCCAGCUCUCCCAAAACGUCAACGUUCUCGAAACGGACGAGCAGCCUGGGAGCCCCCAAGUCCCUUGUUGGUGAUGAUGAAGGCCUACUCCUAGAGCUUGUCAACGCGAAGACCUCUGAGGCGAUCGCACGACAGGAGCUAGAAGAGAUGAAGGUCAAAUUGGACACCCUUAAGCGACUCAUGAGUCGCUCUACCGGUGCAACAUCACCUGCCUCCACUCCCGGCGACUCCAGCCCCAGCAUCCUGGUCACUGCAUCUAAAGCAACCCCGGAUGCAACCGCCGCGCCCAAGUCGCAAAACUCAUCCCCUUCAGUCGGCUUCUUUAGCGGAUGGACUAGGCGCACGGCAUCUACCACUAACGCUGUCAUACCCGACUCCAAGUGA